AUGGUUUCCUCAGGUUCGGAUCAUUACAGAAAGCUGCAACUAGUGGAUAUAACUGGACCCUGCUCACCACUAGGCAAAGCAAGUCUCAGUCUCCAUGAAAUCCUGCUCCAAGAAGAACUCCGAGUCCGCUCUAUCCAAUCGACUAUCAACAAACAAUCCCCUCUGGGUCUGGGAGACUCCAAGACCAAAGUUCCAAUCAAGUCAGGCCACCUUCUCGGAACAUCCAACUACAUUGUCAAAAUCGGAAUGGGCACACCAAAACAAGAUUUCUGGGUGAACAUCGACACCGGAAGCAGCUUGAGUUGGGUCCGAUGCCAACCCUGUACUAACUGUUCAUCCAUACCCACCUUCGCCCCUUCCAGGUCAUCCUCCUAUUCCCCAUUUGCGUGUAGGACUCCCCAGUGCUCUCCAGUCUACACUGCCACAGGCCACUCUCCCAGCUGCAACUCCUCCUGCUUGUACGAAGUUCAUUACAACGAUGGAGGCUUCUCUAAGGGGGUCUUUGGAAAGGAAACGCUCAGAAUAACACCCUCUGAUGUCUUCCCAAAUUUUCAGUUUGGGUGUGGCAACCAGAAUAGUUUCCCAGAUUCCACAUCUGGGGUUCUUGCUUUUGGGCGCAACCAGGUGUCUCUGGUGUCUCAAACAACUAGAAAAUUUGGAAAAGUUUUCUCUUACUGCUUUCCGCGCACAGACACCUCCUAUGGCUACUUGGCAUUGGGCAAACAACCAAGCACCACCUCUGCCGUCAAGUACACAAAGUUGGUGACAGACUCGCACAGUCCAAACUACUAUUUCAUCCCAUUAAUAGGAAUAAGCGUCGGAGGGAAGAGAUUGUCUCUUUCACCUUCAGUGUUUACAAAACCUGGAACUGUGAUAGACUCCGGCACUGUGGUCAGUCGCCUACCGCCUUUAGCCUACACGAUCCUUCGGUCGGAGUUCCGGCGAGCCAUGUCCAACUACCCGUCAGCACCACCACAGGCGAUUCUUGAUACGUGUUAUAACUUGAGCAGGAACGCCACGGUGAAUGUACCUCCCGUCAUGUUGCAUUUUGGAGGAGGUACCGACGUCCAGUUGGACCCAUUCUCAGGGGUUCUUGUUAAAUUAGAUGCAUCGAUUUAUUGCUUGGGGUUUGCUCCAAACCAAAAUCAAACCGAUGUGGGCAUCUUGGGCAACCUGCAACAGCGGACAUAUGAGGUGGUUUAUGAUUUGCCUCAAGCAAGGAUAGGAUUUCGUGCCGUCGGGAUUAAUUGCUAG